AUGGCAACCCAGGCCCUGCUGCCCCUCUUGCUUCUCUGUGUGCUGCUACUGCAGGCCCAGGGAGGGCUCUAUAACCGGAAGGAGAUGCAGAAUAUCAAGGCCUGUGAGAAGCGGCCCAGCGUGUAUCUUUGCAAGGACCACUGUUCGUAUUACCUAAGUUGUUCAAAGACAAACACCAUAUGCUGUCCAACCUUCUGCGGGAACGUUUGCAUGAGCCUUGAGUGA